ACGACGGCUCCUGGACCCGGUGUCAGCCCCCUUAUUCCGGGUAGUGGGGUGGAUCUUUCAAGGACACCCCACGUCCCGCCCGCACCCUGGUCCCUCCAACCGCUCUGAGCUGACUCGGUCUAAAGCCGGGGCGAAUCCCAGGACUGGAGCGCGGAGCAGACAGCACCUCUGCUGGAGGCAGGGCGCAGCGGGGGACCGUCCUGCACUCUGGAUGCUCGCUCCUCCUCCCGUUCCCUGAGCACCCCUGCUUUCGCUCCUGGAGCUGGGCAGAGUCUCGCUGGGGCGCUGCAGCGAGGGAGCUGCGCGCUCACUAGGACCAGGACGGCUGCGGGAGCCAGGGCAGCGUCCGCUUCGGUGACACCAUGAACGGCUCGGGCAGCCCGGGGACCGAGGACACCAGCCAGGAAGCCGGCAGCAGCGGCUGGCAUCCGGAGGCGGUCCUGGUGCCCCUGCUUUUCGCGCUCAUCUUCUUCGUGGGCACCGUGGGCAAUGCGCUGGUUUUAGCCGUGCUGUUGCGCGGCGGCCAGGCAGUCAGCACCACCAACCUAUUCAUCCUCAACCUGGGCGUGGCCGACCUGUGCUUCAUCCUGUGCUGCGUGCCUUUCCAGGCCACCAUCUACACCCUGGACGGCUGGGUGUUCGGCUCGCUGCUCUGCAAGGCGGUUCAUUUCCUCAUCUUCCUCACCAUGCAUGCCAGCAGUUUCACACUGGCCGCCGUCUCUCUAGACAGGUAUCUGGCUAUCCGCUACCCGCUGCAUUCCCGCGAGCUGCGCACACCUCGAAACGCGCUGGCGGCCAUCGGGCUCAUCUGGGGGCUAGCGCUACUCUUCUCCGGGCCCUACCUGAGCUACUACCGUCAAUCACAGCUGGCCAACCUGACAGUGUGCCACCCAGCAUGGAGCGCGCCUCGACGCCGCGCCAUGGACCUCUGCACCUUCGUCUUCAGCUACCUGUUGCCGGUGCUGGUUCUCAGUCUGACCUAUGCGCGCACCCUGCGCUACCUCUGGCGCACAGUCGACCCAGUGGCGGCAGGCUCAGGUUCCCAGCGCGCCAAACGCAAGGUGACACGCAUGAUCGUCAUUGUCGCCGUGCUCUUCUGCCUAUGUUGGAUGCCCCAUCAUGCGCUUAUCCUCUGCGUGUGGUUUGGUCGCUUCCCGCUCACGCGCGCCACUUAUGCGCUGCGCAUCCUCUCACACCUAGUUUCUUACGCCAACUCGUGUGUCAACCCCAUCGUUUAUGCGCUGGUUUCUAAGCAUUUCCGUAAGGGUUUCCGCAAAAUCUGCGCAGGCCUGCUGUGCCGCGCCCCGAGGCGAGCCUCAGGCCGAGUGUGCGUCUUGGCGCCUGGCAAUCAUAGUGGCAGUGUGCUGGACCGCGAGUCCACAGAUCUGACACACGUGAGUGAGGCAGCAGGGCCCCUUGUCCCGGCACCCGCGCUUCCCAACUGCACAUCCUCAAGUAGGGCCCUCGAUCCGGUCUAUUAA